UUUAGCGUACGUCAACACAAUUUUGAGGUUAGGCGUCGCAUCGUUUUGGUUUGAAUUGUUUUUUUCUUGUAUUAUGUAGUGUUAGUGAUGUAAAAUGAGUUCUCCGACUAAAGAAACUGAAGAUCCAUCAUCUAGCAAUGCUGAGAGUGAGGAAUACACAGGCGGAAAUAGCGAUGCGAAUACAGAGCAGAGACCGCCCGCCAAGCGGCCUAUGUCUACAGCAGUUAUUGAAAUUUCAGACACUGAAAGUGAUGAUUCCGAUGUCUGCGCUGUUAAUUCUUACCAGGCCUCAGCUGAUGAGGUGAAAAGAAUACGAAGAGAUUAUUCAUCUUCGUCAUCAUCUUCUUCAUCAUCAAACUACAGCUCUGAUUCUGACUCACCAUGGGAAGAUGACUCUGUAGUAAUAGAUGAUAAAGCAAUGGGAAGGCCUGUGAUUGCUAAGAUGUUAGUUAGAGCUAAUAGAAUGGAUGACCCUAAAUUUAAUCCUGAACUGAAGUCUCAAGAGAUCAUAAGUAAAAUUAAAUCUCACUGGGAUGAGAAGACAGACCACAGUAGUGACCAAGUGACCUUAACAUGUAAACCGUUCAGACUCUGUCGGAUUCAUGGCUUGUUAGAGAACUCGGAGAUAAUAAAUAAUAUAGUGGACGACAUGAACACAUUGGACUGGUCGAGGAAGAAGAUGGAUCUGUACGAGUUCCACCAGACCUCUGACUUAGCAAACUUAACUUGGCAGCGUAGUAUAAGAGGUAUUUACGAAUUAUUGAAGACUGAAGUAAUGACUUGGGUGUCGCAAGUAACAGGCAUAGAGUUGACAUCAGUGUCGGCGUCAUGUUCGCUGUAUGGCCCCGGAGACCAUCUCUUGGUUCACGAUGACCGACUCGGGGACAGGAGGGUGGCCUUCAUCCUGUACCUAGCACCUUGGACGCCACGAUCUCCACCACACAUGCAGAACGGAGCUGAAAGUCAAGAUAAGUGUUGGAGCGGUCCGGGCUGGAGGCCGCAUAUGGGUGGAGCGUUGGAGUUGGUCGAGGAUGGACAGGUUGUGUUCCGUGCCUUCCCUGCUAAUAAUACACUAGCAUUCUUCGCAGUCGGCCCGACGUCCUUUCAUCAGGUGGGCGAAGUCCUAUCUAUGGAGCUUCCUCGGCUGUCUAUUAACGGUUGGUUUCACGGUCCGGCGCCGGAGUCCGAGGAGCCGCACGCGGAGCUCCCCGUGCCACUCACACCGCACAACCAAGUGGUGGUGUUGAAGUCGUGGGUAGAGGCUGGGUACUUGUGUCCCCGAGCUCGAGCCCAGGUCCAGGCGCAGAUGGAGCGUGCCAGCGAGGUCUGCCUGCAUGACCUAUUGCUGCCAUCGCGAUGCCAGCAACUGCUGGAAGCGCUGGAGAAGAAUGACAUAGAAUGGGAGCAGUGUGGUCCAGCACAUCAGCGACGGUAUCAGCGAGUGACGGAGAAAUGGCUCUCAGCCAGCGAACUCUCCGAGGCAAAUGAGGAAGAAGCCAUCCAGGGCGAAGAGCCCGACGACUGCGGGGUACAGGGGGAGACGCAUGUCGUGCGAGCACUGCUAAGGCUCCUCAGUAGUACAGCAUUCAUGAGGCUGGUGGCGGACUGUACAGAUCUACCGCUGACUUUGUACAGGAAACUAGAAAUGCAACGCUGGCGGGCUGGAGAUUUCACUCUUCUCCCGCCCCGGGAACAUUAUCAGCAGCCUCGUCUAGAGGCAGUCCUGUAUCUGGGUGUGCCGAAACAUCCUAUCUGUGGAGGUCAAACGUUGUAUGUGGCCCCAGAAGAGGGGUCGCUCGCGGAGGCCGAGGCAUUGGUGACUCUGCCCCCCAGACACAACGCGUUAGGGCUGGUGUACUGCGACGCUGGCGCAGCCUCCUUCACCAAAUAUCUCAGCAAGAUGACCAUGUCGGAGAACGAGUGCUUCUAUAUAGUGACCUGUACUUAUACCGAGUGAUAGUGAAGUGUCCUGUGAAUUCUGAGAGAGUAGAUAUAUAUCACCUUGUUUGAAUAUCGAUUCAUAAUAUUUUAUGAUUGAUCGAAAGGCUAGUUUGUGCUAGGAAAUUAUUAUAGACAUGUACGGUAUUAAAUAAAUUUUUAAAAUUCAACAAACAUUAUUUAACUUUUUUUAAAAACUGAAUAUGAUAUGGAGUACAUAUUAUUUAUUAACAAAAAUCGUUUGCAUUUUCAUUUGAAGAGUUUGUUAAAUUACGAAAAAUGUUGUUAAAUGUGAAGUAAAACUAUAUGCGUAGUCUUAUGUUACUUAUCAUUAACAAUUAUUUUGUUGGAGACAAAAUCCUUAAAGGUUUUGUAAUCAUCAUUAACUUUAGUAUUUUUAUACAUUUUUUUUUUUUGAUUCAUUUCUUGAUAUAAAUUAGUUGGUAAUUUUGUGUUUCGUGAAGCAAUUUUAACAUGCCUCUGUCAAUUAAUGGUCUCAUGAUGCAGAUAAUAUUUAAAUGUGGCAUUACACAUAAGAUUAUUUUUGUAUAAUUUAUUACUUUGUAAAUAACUCGGUACAUCCGAUUUAAUCUUUUUUAUUUCACUUGUUUUUUUUAUUAGCUAUAGCUUAUAUUAGAUAAUAGGUAAGCUUGGACAACAGAAACAAUAAACCAUAUUCUUAUUGAAAUACAGGUGAUAAUCAAACUAUGUAUAAAGUAUUUUUGUACAAGGAGGUGACAUCUUAGAUUUAGUGAAAAGGCUGCAUAUGUAUUAGGAUUUAUGUUUUGAAUCGCAGACAGACAUAUAAUUAUAUAUUUAAAAAAAAAUGUAUUACUCCAGUUUUGGUAUCACCAUCCUAUAGGAGCACACUGCUUAGUAAAGGCCUCUUCUCACAUGGAGAAGGUUUGCAGAGUUUUGUUUGCUAUAUAUAAAAUAUUAGAUUUCCAGCAACGCUUUUAAAUUGCUAAUAAUAAUGUCUUAAUUCUAAGGCUUUCUAGAAAAGUAAAUUUUGCUAGUACAUAUGCAGCGACUUGAUGGUAGUGUCGAUAGAUGUCGCCUGCAAUAAUUCAAUUAGAAAAAUGUAUUUUUACACAUUCAGAGAGUUUACUCAUUGCAGAGACUAAAUGUUUUGCUGUUUUUAUAUAUAUAUAUGCGUGUGUAUAUAUAUAAUCACAGUGUAUUAUCAAUAAAUUAUUUUAGGUAUGAAAUAGGUAACCGUUGAGAUGGUUAUAGUUUUGUGUUCACUACGAUUUUAAUUGUAAGCGAUACACUAUUGUUAGAAUUUUGUACAUAUUGUAAGAUUUCCCUAAAUAAAUAAUGAAAGUUA